AUGGGCUUGCUUCUUUUUAUUCUAGCUCUCUCUAUAUUUCUCUUUUUUGUUCUUUCUAAGUGGAGAAAAAGUGGACAAAAGCUUCUUCCAACGGGUCCUCCGGGACUACCCUUUCUCGGAAACUUACACCAGAUCGAUAACUCGACCAUUCACAAAUACCUAUGGCAACUUUCUAGAAAGUACGGCCCACUCAUGUCGUUGAGGCUUGGUUUUGUGCCAACCCUUGUGGUUUCUUCGGCACGGCUAACAAAAGAGGUUAUGAAAACCCAUGACCUCACAUUUUGUAGCAGGCCUAGGCUGGUUGGCCAGCAGAAGCUGUCUUAUAAUGGCUCAGAUGUGGCUUUUUCACCCUAUAAUGAUCAUUGGAGGGAGAUGAAAAAGAUUUGUAUUCUUAAUCUUUUCAGUGCCAAAAGAGUGCAAUCCUUUCGUCCGAUACGUGAAGAUGAAAUUUGCCGAAUGGUCAAUAAAAUAUCUCAACAAGCUUCUUUAUCCAAGCUCACAAAUCUGAGCGAAAUAGCAUUAUCUCUCACAAACAAUGUUAUCUGUAGAGUUGCUUUUGGUAAAAAAUAUGAUGAUGAAGGAUAUGAGAGAAGUAGAUACCAUGAUUUACUUAACGAAACUCAAGCCAUGUUGGGAGGAUUCUUUAUCUCAGACUAUUUUCCAUUGUUUUCCUGGGUUGAUAAGCUCACUGGGUUACGUUCUCGUUUAGAGAAGAAUUUUCAUCAAAUGAAUAUGUUCUACCAAGAACUGAUUGACGACCACCUAGGUCCAAACAGGCAAAAAUCCAUACAAGAAGACUUCAUCGACAUCUUGUUACAACUGAAAGAGGAUCAAUCAGAUUCCAUGGAUAUCCCAUUAGACCAUAUUAAAGCCGUGCUCAUG